AUGGUGUCGACAUCCGACUGUGUAAUCAAGACCAAAAUCAUAAAUGGGAAAAAGGUGUGUAGUUUAUGUUACCUACAUGCAUGCUUUAUUGGCAAGUAAUAAUAACUUUCAAACAAAUGAAUGUCAACAACAAAGAUUUUAAAGUGACUGAUGGAUUGUUUGUUAAUGCUUUAUUUCUCUUUUUUUGUAAGGUAUCCAAACCAUUGAUGGAGAAGAAAAGACGAGCGCGCAUAAAUAAAUGUUUGGACCAGUUAAAAUCUCUGCUGGAGAAUUAUUACACCAGCAAUGUAAGUAAUACUUCGAAUCUAUUAGGCAAAUUGUUACAAACCAAUCGUGCUUUUGUGCUUAGUGGCUCAAUGUAUGCUCCUUUUCAGAUUCGAAAACGCAAACUCGAGAAAGCGGACAUCCUGGAACUAACUGUAAAACAUCUGAGAAAUCUUCAGAAGAUCCAGAGUGGUGCGUUAUCCAUCUUCACUAUUUGUUAUCUCAUUCUAGGCCUUGCCUAUGGUAGGCUGGCCUAUCACUAUUAGCUUCUACCAGCAAUUAUUCGGUCUACUGUCAAGUGAAAUUCUCGAUAGGCUGGGUUUUACGCAUGGUGCCAUAUUUACUUAAAAUGUUCCUCUCAUUUUCUACAGGAUUUUCCAUUAACUCCGAGUUUGCUGAAUACCAAGCUGGCUUCAGGAGCUGCCUAGCAGGCGUGAACCAGUACUUGGCAGACAACUCGAGUGGGAGCAGCAGUCGUUUGACCAUGCUGACGCACCUUUCAAGCAGCCUGCACUGCACCGGAGGACAGGCUCAGAACUCCAGCACCGCGGACAGCGACACGGGAACAAAACAUGUGCUGCCCGAAACUGCUGUGUGCUGCCGGAUGCAAAGACGUCUUCCUUCGACAGUUGGGCACGAAGCGAGCAAGGCACCAACCAGUGUCCCCCUCGCCCGGUGCAUCAGGGCGCUCAAACCCCACAGCUCCAAACCGACUAAACUCUCCGCAGGGACCAGUCAAGUCAUCGUAUCCACAAAUAAGAUUAAACUAAAUAACAGUCUCAGCCCAUGCUACAGAAACAAGUGUCUCUCAAAU